AGCUCUCUACACGGAACCACCUCGCUCGUGAGAGAGGAGAGAGAGAGAGAGAGAGCGAGCGAGCGAGCGGUGAGCAGGAGGCGCGGCGCAGCAGGAGCUCGUUUUCCCCCAUCCCCCGAGACCAUGUCGGACGAUGAUGAGCCGGAAUGCCCGCUGUGCAUGGAGCAGCUCGACGUGACGGAUAGAAAUUUCCGGCCAUGCCCUUGUGGCUACCAGAUCUGUCGGUUCUGCUUCAACCACAUCAAGGACAACAUGAGUGGGCAGUGUCCGGCAUGCCGACAGGUGUACGACGAGAAGAACUACAAGUUCACGCCGCCGGACCCGUCCGAGAUCAAGAAGGCGAGCAAGAAGAAGGGCAGCAAGCGGGUGCGCAAGAGCGACAGCGGCGGCUCGCGCAAGCAUCUGCAGAACGUGCGGGUCAUCCAGCGGAACCUGGUGUACGCCAUUGGCCUCUCGCUCUCUGUGGCGCGUGAGGAGACGCUCAAGCGGCACGACUUCUUUGGGCAGUUUGGGCGGAUCCACAAGGUUGUGGUCAACCGGCACAACUUGUACAACGCCAACGCGGCGCAGGGCCCGACAGUCUCUGCUUACAUCACGUACACGCAGCCUGACGAGGCGAUGCGGGCGAUUGCGGCAACAGACGGCUCGCUGGUCGACGGCCGGCCGAUCCGGGCCUCGUUUGGAACUACCAAGUAUUGUUCGUACUUUCUGCGUUCGGUCCAGUGCAACAACCCGGACUGCAUGUAUCUGCAUGAGCUCGGCGAUGAGCGCGACUCGUUUUCCAAGGAGGAUCUGGAGAAGUCGUCGGAGCACAACCUCCACGACUCGACACAGGCCAUUGUCAAUCUGGCCAAGCAAAAGUACCCGUACCAGCUGGAAAAGCUGCCGGGCACGCUCCCCAAGGACGCUGGCGGGAGCCGGCGGUCGAGCAAGCAGCCGUUGGUGGCCGGCUCGUCGUCGUCGGCAGGUGCCGGAUCGCGCGACCGCUCUGGCCGCGGGCGCGACCGCGGACGCGACCGGACCAACAGCGACCGUGACGGGCCCGACGGACGCGAUGGGCGCGACGGCCGACGUGGCGGUGGGCGCGACCGCGGGCUGACGCGCCUUAAUGACCGCGGCGGACGCGAUCGUGGCGGCGACCGGGACCGCGGCGGACGCGACCGCGGCGGCGAUCGUGGCGGCGAUCGUGGCCGGCGUGACCGGGACCGCGGCGGCGACCGCGGCGAUCGUGGCGGCGACCGCGCCCGGCGCGACCGUGACCGUGGCGGCGACCGUGGCGGAGCAAGACGCGGCGGAGUGCACGGCUCGGCGUCAGAGGAUGAGGCUCCGGACUCGGGCUCCGGCUCGGUUUGGGGCGUCCCGGGCGGUGGCGGUGGCGGCGGGCAGACCCGGCUCGGGCGCGGUGCAGUCCGUGCCUCGGUCGUGACUGCGGACGACACCGACUGGCCCGAGCCGGCGCUGGCGGCGUCGGUGAGCGGAACCAAGUCUGGCGGCGCCGGCUCGGGCGGCCACGACUCUGCGUUGCCUGCGACGGCUCAGUGGGGCGCCAAGGUCGGGACCGGUGGAAGCGGAAGCGGGCCCAAGCCGCUAGUGGCCAACGCUGGCGGAGCUGGUGGCUCUGGCGGUUCAGGCCCUCAUCCGGCGCACGGAGCGUCGGGCGACGACGGGCGGAGCUCUUGGGUCCAAGCCACGGCCGGGACUCGGGGCCACGAACGAGCUGGCGGCGCUGGCGGCAACGCUGGCCGUGAGAGUGGCGCGCCGGGCGGGCGUAAGCGCGGGCCGGAGCGGCAGGGCGGAGCGGGUGGCUCGUCCAAGGUUGUGGCACCGUCGACCGGCACCGGCUCGGCCGUUGUGCUUUCCAAGCGAGUCCGCGGGACCAAGCUCGGCCUCAACAAGGGUGGCGCAGGCGCGGCCGGGGCGAUCGGCAAGCCGGGCUCGGCGCGCGAACACGGCGCAGACAGCAGCAACGACAGCAACAAGCAGUACUCGACGCUGUGGAACACGCCGAGUCCCAACUCGGGCGUCCAGUCGAUGCUGGGGCUCACCGGGCUCGAGUCUAGUGGGCCGCCGGGCCUGUUCUCGCUCUCGGGUCAACCGGCGCACGCCGCGCACUCUGGUCGCGGCAGCAAGCUCGCCCCCGGGAUCGACGAAGACCUCGGGUUUGAUCCCUGGGAGGAGUCGUCGCUGGGACUGGCGUCGAUUCUGACGAGUGGCAGCGGCGAGAGCCCGAGCGGGUAUGACGCAAACUCGGCGAUGCAGGCGCAGGCGCAGGCACGCUUGCAGGCGCAGGCGCAGGCACAGGCGCAGGCACAGGCCCGGGCGCAGGCACAGGCGCAGGCACAGGCCGCAGCGCAGGCGCAGGCGCAUGCCCAGGCCGCAGCCCAUGCACAGGCGCAUGCUCAGGCACAGGCGCAGGCGCAGGUCCGGGCCAAGGCUGUCCAUGCGCAGGCGCAGGCACAGGCGCAGGCGGCGCGUGCGCAGGCGCUGGCAAUGGCGCAGGCGCAGGCACAGGCAAUGGCGCGUGCGCAGGCGCAGGCACAGGCGAUGGCGCAGGCCAAGCUUCAGGCGAUGGCGCAGGCGCAGGCGCAGGCAACCCAAGGCCGCGGUGGAGCGUCUCAAUCGCGGUUUGGAUUUGCUCGCAGCGAUGUCGGCGAGGACAACUGGUCGGCGCCAGCGCCGCGGUCGCUGCUGCCGAUGUCGUCGGGCCCAGCACCGACGUCGGCGGUGCUUGCAGUGGCAACCGGCUCGUCUCCGCCGCCGCCGCUUGCGGGCGGAUUCGGCUCGCUCGCCGGCAUGGCGAGCAUGGCGUCGACCGGCAGCGGCUCGCAGGGCGCGAGCAACAGCGGCUCGGCGAGCGUCGCUGCUGCUGCCUCGGGCGGCUCGUCGCGGCUUGCCAUCUGGACCCAGCAGUCGCCCGACAACGGAGCCGGCGCGUCGCAGGCGCCCCUCCCGAUGUGGCCCGGGCCUGGCGGUGCGCCGUCGCUCCCCGGUUUUGGCACGGAGCAGUACGACUACGACGUGGCCAAGGCUCGGCAGGACGUCCUCCGUCGCGAGUCCAACCUUAAGGUUGUGAUGCAGGGCGGGCGCGCCAGCGGUGAUCGCUCAUGACGCGGCAAGGUUGUUUUGUCGCCCCACGCCGUCAUCGACUUUCUUUUCUUCCCCUCAUCAACCCGCGCUUUCUCCAUCCGCUUAACCACGAGCCAACGACAAGGCCACACGCUCUCCAUGACAUCGAUUGACAAGACAAGACCACCCCACCACAGACAAGCAACUUCACCAUCUUGACAACGCCACAUCUCGCCCGAUUGCAGUCUGCUCUCGGGCACAUAGACCCUCCCAGCCACCCGCCAUCAUCAACCAAGGCACCCUCAACUACCUCGACCAACCAUCAACCACCAUCACAGACACAGAUCACAGAUCGCAGUACGACGCUUUUUGUCGUUGCUGCAACAAACACACAACACACACACAUA